UUUCAGCUUUUUCAGCUGACAAAGAUAUGCUCGUAUUUGCACUGCUUGUCUACGGCGUCUGCAUGACAGACUCGCAGUUCGCGAUGAUGCCGCCUGUUCCCGGCUUUCUUCCAUACGAACAGAUGAUGCAUGCUCCUUCCCAAAUGGGAGGUUUACCCGGAGGUGGAAUGCCUGGUAUGCCAUUCAUGGGAGGAAUGCCUGGUAUGCCAAUGGGUGGAAUGCCUGGUAUGCCAUUCAUGGGAGGAAUGCCACUAGGACCUCCUAUGGUUAUGCCGUAUAUGCCAUUCAAUGGACCACUAGCAAUGCCACCAGGAGGAAUGCCAAGAGUGCCAGCAGGAGCAACAACGAUAACUCCAACAGGAUUUUCAGGAAUGCCUGCGGGAACGCCACCACAAGGAAUGUCAUCUGGAGGGACGCCAGCAGGAUUAUCAGGAACGCCACAACAAGGAAUGCAGUCAGGGGGAAAGUUAGGAGUAACAAUAAGAACGCCGCCUGGAGGAAUGCCACCAAGAGAAAUGCCACGAGAGCCAAUAGGAAGAACACUGAGAAUGGCUUUAGCAGGAUUUUCAGGUAUGCCUGCAGGAAUGCAACCACAAGGAAUGUCAUCUGGAGGAAUGCCAGCAGGAAGGCCAUCUGGAAUAAUGUCACUAGGAGGAAUGUCAACAGGAAUGUCACCAAGAGUACCACAGAAUAGAAUGCCUAUAGGGAGUGGGCCUGGAGGAAUGCCUCCAGGUGUGCCAUCAGGAAUAUUAUCAGAUAGAAUGCCACGGGAAAGGUUGAAAACAGGAACACCACCAGGAAAUUUGCCAGCGAGAGGAUCACCUUGGAAAAAUGCUAUCAACAAUGACGCUAGGAGGGAAAUCAGGGAAAAUGGUGGAAUGCUUCUAAGCGAAAUGCCGCCAAAAAGAAUGCCAUUUGGAAAAAGGCCACCAGAGAUAAUGCCACCAAGGGGAAUGAAGAAGUGAAAAAAAUGAAAGAGCUGAAAAUACCCUUGAAAUCACUCCCUUAAAGUAAUCCAGAUUCUGUACUAACACGCAAAAAUGAAUGAAGGUAUAUAAAAGGUUUU